UGAUCUGUGGGUGCUGAUCGCCUCUAUUGUUUCCAGGCGCAGGGCACCCCAUGAAGCCUCAUCGCCUGGCACUGACCCACAGUCUGGUGCUUCACUAUGGGCUCUACAAGAAGAUGAUUGUUUUUAAGCCAUACCAGGCAUCCCAGCAUGACAUGUGUCGCUUCCACUCGGAGGAGUAUAUUGAUUUCCUGCAGAGGGUGAGUCCCAACAACAUGCAAGGAUUCACCAAGAGCCUCAAUGCCUUCAAUGUGGGUGAUGACUGUCCAGUGUUCCCAGGCCUCUUUGAAUUUUGCUCUCGCUAUACUGGGGCCUCACUGCAGGGUGCAACGCAGCUGAACAACAAGAUCUGUGACAUUGCCAUAAACUGGGCCGGAGGCCUGCAUCAUGCCAAGAAGUUUGAGGCCUCGGGGUUUUGUUACGUCAAUGACAUAGUCAUCGGCAUUCUGGAGCUGCUCAAGUAUCACCCACGUGUUCUCUACAUUGACAUUGACAUUCAUCACGGAGAUGGGGUUCAGGAAGCCUUUUACUUGACAGACCGUGUCAUGACUGUAUCUUUUCACAAAUAUGGGAACUACUUCUUUCCUGGCACAGGUGACAUGUACGAGGUCGGGGCAGAGAGCGGCCGCUAUUACUGCCUAAAUGUGCCUUUGCGGGAUGGCAUUGAUGACCAAAGUUAUAAACACCUCUUCCAGCCAGUCAUUAACCAGGUGGUGGAUUACUACCAGCCCACAUGCAUAGUGCUGCAGUGUGGUGCUGACUCUCUGGGUUGUGACCGUCUGGGUUGCUUUAACCUCAGUAUAAGAGGACAUGGGGAGUGUGUGGAGUAUGUAAAGAGCUUCAACAUCCCCUUGCUGGUGCUGGGAGGAGGUGGCUAUACCGUUCGUAACGUGGCACGCUGCUGGACCUAUGAAACAUCGCUGCUUGUGGAUGAAGCAAUUAGUGAGGAACUGCCAUACAGUGAAUAUUUUGAGUACUUUGCUCCGGACUUCACCCUCCACCCAGAUGUCAGUACAAGGAUUGAGAACCAGAAUUCCAGACAGUACCUGGAUCAAAUCAGACAGACAAUAUUUGAGAAUCUGAAAAUGCUGAAUCAUGCCCCCAGUGUCCAAAUCCACGAUGUUCCUUCUGACUUGCUCAGCUAUGACCGUGCAGACGAACCUGACCCAGAGGAGAGAGGCUCUGAGGAGAACUACAGCAGGCCUGAGGCUUCGAAUGAGUUCUACGACGGUGAGCACGACAACGAUAAGGAAAGUGACGUCGAGAUCUGAGGGCCGAGUUGUGGGUCUCUGAGCUGGGAGGUCCCUGUUGAGACCUUGGUGCGUGGUGGAAACGACUGGGAUGCACGUGAGCCAGUAAAAGUCUCCUCUUGGCCCUCCCCUUCAUGUCUGGCGCAUGUGGCCGCAGGAGCAGUGCUGCUGCACUGGGCUGGCUGCCUACAGAGGCAGCGUGCAGGGAAACCUGGUCCUCAGGGCUCGGACUGUCACCGCUGGGGCCAGUGGGAAUUCACGUGACGCUUGGAUCCACACCAUGGUCUCUGUGCUGCUGCCAUCCAACCAAUUUCAGAGCCAGUCUGCAGCGGCUUCCCCGGCUCCUCCCAGCACAGCUCAGACUCCAGGCAGAGGGAGGGGGUCAGUGCUGCAGUGCCUAGAACCUGUCUGCUCCUUACACUCCGGGUGUCGUCCUCCCUGAGUCCUGGCAGCGCCCUCACUUCCUGCCAGCCCUUCCAGCUAUCCCCCGUCCCUGUGCUGGGGAAACCCAGGACAGCCACGGGCGGGGAGGGGCGAAUGUAUUCGGAGUGCAGCCUUUCCCUCCCUCUGGAAUAGCUUUGGUCUGUCUGCCAACAAAAGCCGCAGCUAUUUGCCAUGUUGGGCUUUGGCCCAAGCUCCCCAUCUAGAUCGUUCCUUGAGGAUCCAAUUCCUUUGGGCCAGAUGGUGCAGGGGCUGUGCCAUGCUGGUGUGGUGCAUUCCCGCUUCUGCUGUACCUCCUGGCUCCUUCCCCGCCCCCUCCCCGGGCCAUUUUCCACACUGAGAAUGCGGCUGGGUCGCAGACCCUGAGUGGCAGGCCUUUCCCAGAGGGAUCGGUUCUGUCCUGCGGGGAGGGCAGUGGGUCCUGACACCGAAAGGGUGGGCUUCUCUCCCUCUGCUGGAGUGUAGAGACCGCGAUGCCCCCGGCAUGCUGUUUGCUCAGUGUGAGUCUGGGGGCUCCCACUGUCUGUGCUUGGAGACUUUUGUCCUAGCUGGGGAGAAGGAACAGGCAGCAGCCGCCUGCUCUCCCUACGUUUCUGUUGGUUUUACCGACUUUUUAAACAAUAAACCAAGAUGGUAUUUUUCUUA